AUGCCCAUAUACGUCCAAAUGCAGGCCAAGGCCGAGAAGUUUGUCCGCCAGGCGGCCGCAGAGGGAGCGAACAUCAUCCUGCUCCAGGAGCUGUUUGAGAAUGCUUUCUUUUGCCAGGAGCAGAACCCGGAGUACUUUGAUUGGGCCAAGCCGCUGGACAAGAGCGAGUCCGUGCAGAGGAUGGCUAAGCUGGCCAAGGAACUCAAGGUUGUGCUGCCAGUGAGCUUCUUCGAGGAGGCCAACAACACGCGCUUCAACUCUCUGGCCAUGAUCGACGCCGACGGCACCAUCCUGGGGGUCUACCGCAAGAGCCACAUCGCAGUCGGGCCCGGGUACGAAGAGAAGUUCUAUAUCUCACCCGGCGACACAGGCUUCAAGGUGUUUGACACCGCCUAUGGCCGCCUGGGGGCCGCCACGUGCUGGGACCAGUGGUUUCCCGAGGCGGCGCGCGUCAUGGCGCUGCAGGGCGCAGAGAUUAUUUUCUACCCCUCAGCUAUCGGGUCUGAGCCCCAGGACGGCAGCCUCGACAGCUACCCCCACUGGACGCGCACGAUGCUGGGCCACGCUGCCGCCAACCUGACGCCCGUGGUGGCGUCCAACCGCGUGCACACAGAGGAGUUUGAGAAGACCUCCAUCACGUUUUACGGCGGGAGCUUCAUCAGUGGGCAGCACGGGCAGGUGCUACAGCAGGUGGGCGGCGACAAGGACUUCUUGAAGCACGGCAACCUGACGCCCGAGCCUUCAAAGGAGGAGGGCUUCGUGGUGCAGGAGUUUGACCUGGACGCACUCAGGGCUACGCGCCUCGAGUGGGCGGGAGGCUGA